AUGGCCAGGAAUAUUAGAUCAAAUUUUAAUAAUAAAAUCCCACUCAUAGCAACAGCUUCUGUAAUCACUGCAACCGUUGGCUCAUUAUUAAUUGAAUUUUUACCACAUUCAAUAUAUCUUGAGAAAUAUAAAAAACUAUUUCACCUCCAGAAAUACGGGGAUCCUGUAUUAUUGACAAAAAAGAUUGAAAAUUUAUAUAACGAAGUGUUAAAUGAUCUCAAUAUUGUAGACAAACCAAAAAACUUGUAUCGUCCAUUUCCUUGUAUAGGAUUUAAUGUGUGUCAAGCAGGAUUGAAUACAAAUAAGUUUGGAUCGGUAAUUGGCUUACCCGUUAAUUAUGCAUAUGAAGAUAGAUCUUCCGUAGAUGUAUUACAAUUACGAUUAGGUUAUAAACAAGAAAAAUUAAAUGUAUAUCAUCCAGCUGCGAGUAGCUUAGUAGACUCAUUAUUAUUGUCAGAUAAAGCUAAAAAGUUUGGUAUCGCAAGAGAAAUAAUGAUGAAUCAACAAAAUCUGCAAUUGUAUCGCUGCAUGGAGACACCUUCCAUGAUCUUAGCAACAGCUUUUUGCUGCGAGUAUGCAAGGAUUCAGCUAGCUAGAAGUGUAUCAUUAACAUUAAAAUUUUCAGUCUAUGGAAUAAUAACAUUAGUAGGAUACGGAAUUUGGUUUCAAAUUAGAGAUGGUCUGAAUACUUAUUAUGAAAAAUUAGUAGAUAAAAAUUUGGCGGAGCUUAAUUUAGAUUAUGUGGAGGGUGGAAAAGAAUUUUACGAAAAACAGUUACAAAAAAAUAUUGCACUUCGAGCUCUGUUAGGGGAUCGCGGAGUCAAAGAAUAUAAUAAAGAUGGGGAUGAAAUAAUUACCAUUCGUCGUAAACGCACACCACUAACGGAAAGAAAACAAUUUUUCAUUGAUUUUAUAUUAUCACAGAAACAGCAGGAAGCCGUAUAAUUAAUU